AUUAAGUAGGCGGUACUUAAAUAAACACAUCCCAUACAUGCUUUAAAAACCAGUCUUUUCAAAGUUGUUCAGUAUCCUUAGAGAAUACGUUUCUAAGCUCAUAUCACCAGAAAAACUGUUAUGAUAUUUGAAUCAAUAGCUGAGUUUGCCUCAUUUUCGAAACUUGCGGGCAACUACGACGAUGACCUCAUCGACCGAAUCAAUCACAUUUACACAGUUUGUGUUCUCGUUAUAUUUUCGAUUGUGGUCACAGGCGGUACAUAUAUAGGAAAUGCUAUUACUUGUUAUAUACCUAAAGAAGGAAAAGAUGAAAGAGAUUAUAUUGAAACAUUCUGUUGGACGGGCCCACUGUAUCAUGUUCCAGAUAACAUCGCAAACUUAUCCGAAAAAAGAGACGUCAUACAUUACUACCUAUGGGUUCCGAUAAUUUUGCUAUUUGAAGCUUUGUUAUUCAAGACGCCAAAUAUAAUUUGGCAAAUGACGAACAAAGGAUCGGGUAUGAAUCUAGAAAAAAUUGCGCAACUCUCAGAGAAGACACAGCUUGGCUCGGAGAAGGAUCGACAAGAAACAAUCGAACAUAUCGGCGAUUAUAUUAAUCGAUGGAUUGAAUCGAAUAAACGGAGGAGCCGCAAUUUACUUUCUCUAAUGAAGCCUAAACGGGGAUCAUAUCUCACAAUCUUGUAUUUCAUUAUGAAGUUAUUAUAUUGCUUAAAUGCAAUAUCUCAGUUCUACUUGCUAAAUAGUCUUUUAAGAAUUGAGUUUUCUAGUUUUGGAUUGCAUGUAGCAGAAUAUGUACAGAAUACUGAAGUUAUGUUUAAUAAUUCGAUAUUCCCACGGAUCGCAUAUUGUGAUUAUAAAUUCCGACAGAUGAGUCAAGUAGUAACACUAAAAACGCAAUGUGUCUUGCCUAUAAAUGUUCUGAACGAAAAGGUAUUUAUGUUUUUAUGGUUCUUUUUUGCUGUAAUCAGCGGGCUCAGUCUGCUUAAUUUAUUAGGAUGGAUAUAUAGGAUGCUCUCUAAAAGGAGUUAUGUCAACUAUAUUUUUAAGUAUCUAACUAUCAAUGAAAUAGGCGGGGAUAAACCUUCCAAACAUUCGUGUUUAUCAUUCGCAGAUGACUAUCUCAAACUUGACGGUGUAUUGUUAAUGAGAGUUGUUGGCAAAAACUCAACUGAUUUGGUUGUUUCAGAUCUUGUAAAAUAUCUUUGGACAAUUUACAUGAAAGAAAAUCCACCGAAAAAGAAAAGAGAAAGCACUUUUCCUUGAACAUUACAGAGUUACUUUCAAAAUGGAAAUUUAAAUUUUAUAAAUAACUUUAUUAAAACAUUCAUCGCUGUAUAUUUCCUGUAUCAUUGAUUGUAUAAAUAAGUUUAUACAAAAUUAUAUACAUACAAAAAAAACUUUCAUAAUUAAAAUUGUAAAUUUA